AGAUAUCACAUCUACCCAAAGAACCUUGUUUGCCUUAUGUCCUUAAACCAACACAGCUACAACCAACAACUCUUUCUCUCACUGCAUCUUUUGUCAGGCAACCCAGAGGUCAGUGAAGCCCAUUACUCCCAAGGUCCUUUGUAGUGUCUUAGCUUAACUAUAGUUUAGCAUAACUAUAACUUAGCAUAACCAAAAUCCCUAUAUGAGUAAGCCAGGGGAGAAUAAUUGCUUUCCAAAAAGCACUAAGAGUAGUUAAAAAAUAUUUGUUUUAGUAGCAUGACAUUUUAUUUUUCAUUAAGAAGACCUGAUUAAGCUACUGUGACUGAAGAGAAUGAAGACCUUGGCACUUGUUUCUGGGUGACUGCAGAGUGAGCCUUGGCAGACAUGACAAGUAGCCUAGUCAGCAGAAGCCAAUUUAGAGCAAAAGGCCUGAAAGGAACUAUUUUAUAAAAGGCUUUGCAAUAGGUAAUCCAGAUAUACUAUAUCAUAGGUUUAUUUGACAAUUGUUAGCAGUCAUGUAACAGGGCCCGGCUCUGUUACUAUGGGUGUGGAGGAGCUUGAACAGCCCUGCACCCUAAAAGCAAUCCCCCACACCCAUCCCAGAGCUGGAGGGACUCACCAGAGGUUGAGGACACUGGUCCAGGGAUGCAGAGAGCCUCCCGGUAAAGGAGCUAACUGAGGUUGGGGAAUGAGAAAGAGCCAGCCACGUGAAUCAGCAGGGGGUGGAAAUAAGAGAUGCUGAAAGCAGCUUCUGGGGUGGCUGCACCAGCAGAGAAUGAGGUUGCCUGGAGCCUAGGGUUAACUGAGGAUAAGCAGCCAUGAACAAGGCUUCUUUUUUGUUUGUACAAGCCCUGCAGGCUCAAAGCCUCUGAAAGAUAAGACGCUAUGGGCAAGUGAAACCUGGGCAAAACCUAGCAAGCCAGAGGCAUGAAACCAGCAAAAAAGCUAAGUGUCGGUUUAUUUGUUUUACUGUUUGUUUCUUUUGCAUCUCUUACAAGCCCAGGGUGGUGGUUUUGCUAUAUACUAACUUGGCUGCAGCAGAAGCCGGGACCCUGAACAGUGUGUCCCCUUUGCUAAGGCCAGCGAUAGAAGUGGUCGGCUCAGAGUGCCUGACCAAACAUGCCUAGCUCUGCUCUGCCCAGAAGGUAGAGUAACAUAACAGUGUACAAGUACUAACUGAUGUAACUGAAUGCAUUAGAAUGUAGUUUUGCUAUAGUGAAUAUGUAUGUGUUAAGUUUCCUAACUAAGUUGUAAAAGUAAAGGAACUUUGUCAGUAAAAAUCAUAAGCCAAGAAGAAAAGGAAACCCAACAGUAGCAAAGAGCAUUAUUCCAAGGGGGUGACGGAAGGAGAUAAGAAGUCCUCCCUUUCAAAACUGUAAUUUUCACAAAGGCAUUAGUCACAGCUAAUUAACCUCCUCCCAGCUUAUAAGAAAAUGGCUUCAGUCCAGUUCCUAAAAGUUUUAGUGAAACAAAGACAUUUGAAUAAACCAGUCAGAAUGCUUAUAAAUCUAGAGUGUAAACAAGGGAAAAUUGGAGAACUCAACAAAUUCAAGACAACCUGAUGUGCGUUGUGCCAUCCUCCUUAGGGUUCGAAUUAUGAGGGGUUUUGGAGGGGAGUUGAGCCCCCCCCCAUAAGACACUAAGCAGUUCAGGCAGCAGCAGUAGCUCCUUCUGGCUGCCACUGCUGCAGACUCCCCAAAAGUCAGAAUGUGAUUCAAACCCUGAUCCUCCUCUUUACUGAAUUUCCCCCAGUUAAUAUAGGUGCAAAUUUGUAUCACACCCCUCAAAUAGUUAGAUAAGGUAUUGGAAUAAGUUCUUAACCUUUUGCUUUAGGGUGUAAACAAAAAAAGGUCAGGCUAUAGAGAGGUCUCUUGCUUCUUUUCUGACUGGUGUAGCAGUAAUACCCUACCAGCUAAGAAUGGAGGAAGAUUGGGAAGGAUAAUAAUUAAGGGAGGUGUACCAGUUUCCUAACUUUGUGUCUAAGAAGGGUAAUCAAAUCACUAAAGACUCUGUAGCUGUAUGUUUAAGUUUGCAAAAGGAUUCAUGGUCAUAGAUGAACUGUAAUUUUCUCUCUCAAAAGGCCAAAUAUUCACAACUUUGUGGUAACCCAAUGAUCUUGUAAGGUCCCUUCCAGCCCCUGACAUCUAUGAAACCCUAUUUCUUACCUAACUUCCCCAGGAUGAACUUUUCUUGUGUUGUCCUGGAGGAUAACAAGACUUUCUGCAUGGAUUAUGAGCUGAUAGCUAAGAGAAUAAUCAAACCACUGACAUCUUGUGCUUUUGAGAAGGAAACUACUAACUGGAGUCUGAGAGGAUUAUUCAACCUCAUUCCUCUUUGUGACUUUGAUGUAGGCUGGACCAGCUGCUGUACCCGUUUGCCGUUUUUUAAAAAGUAAGGGGGAAGAGCAGAGGCUUUGGGGCUUAGGUAUGGGCAUGAAUUCCCUUAGCUUUCACCCCACUGCCUUCCCAAGCCCUAGGGUAAGGUUGCAUUGUGCAACCAUGAGGUUUAGUGCACAGAGAUGAUAUUUUCAUAUAGGACCAAGCAGCCAGUCAGAACACGGCUCUGGUCAGCCCAGAUGUACCAGAUGUCAGACAUGCCCUUGGUUUCAUGUUGACUGAGACUGGAUUACACACUUCCUUCAAUCCUCCAUUUAAAGCAAAAGGGGCAUGAGUAAACGGUUUCAUCUACAUAAGCUAGCUUGGCCAAGGAUGUGUCACAGAGAUGUGUAAAACACCCUGCCUGUGCCUGCUUAUGAGCCUGAGCAAGUGGUCAAAUAAUCACUUCUGAUUGUUUUUUUAAUAGCAUCUGAAAUAGAUAAGUUUCCUUUCAUUUGCCCAUUAUUCUUACUUACUAGAAAGUAGAAACAUAACACUACUAAAGAAUAAAUGUCAUAUUAAAGAUAUGCUGCUGUAUACAUGUCAGAUUCAGCCUUUGACAGGUACAGAGGAGCCCAGUCACUCUAAGAAAGGCCAUGUCUAUGCAGAGUUGAUUUGUGCCCCAGCAAGCCCCACUUUGCAGUUCAUCUUAUAUUAGGGUUUUCCCCUUGCAUAACUACAAUACAGUUAACACCUUCCUGCCCAUCUCCCUGGUCUGAAUAAAUCCUCAAGCCCUCUAGCUAGUCGGUGUCAGCAGCUAGAGUCUAGAAGAUGGAACAACUGGGAACACACCCAGAAAUAACACACACCUGCAAACAGCAGUUUGAGCUGGUACAAUUGAUGUGCUGGGACUCUAUCUCCACUAGAGAACAGCACCAAGGCAGUUAUAUCCGUACAGCUGAUGUAAAUGCUGGCAAAGCCAAAGAUGCAGGCUUAACAAGGGAACUGCCCACUCACAUAAGAAAUCACCUCCGUUCAGAAUCAAAGGUGACAGUGGGACCCAGACUGCAGGUGUUUCCUUUCCUUCGUGUGACAUCUUCUCAUUCUGAUGGAUUGUCAUGCUAGAACAUACCCUUUUCUCUAAUCUUCUUUCAGUGAACCAUAGAACCACCUUACCUGAGAAUACUCUGCAACUUGGAAUCAGUGGUUCAAGACUAGGUUCCUUCUUAGGCACAGUAGCUCAAUCAGAAAUCACCAGGUAAAAUUCUGGACCCAGUGGUACAGCAGGUCAGAAGAGAUUAAUAUAAAAAUCCCUUCCGACCAUAAGCUGUAUGAAUUUAUAAAUUUCUGCUCUUGGUGUAUGACCUUGGGCCACCAAUCAAUGCCUCUUGUGACAACAGUGGGGGUCAACCUUUUUUGUCAGGAGUACCACAGAUUAGCCCUACACCCUCCCCAAGUGCCACCCUGAUUCCUUUCCUCUGCUUGAUCUGAUGCUCUGCUUUCUACCACCAUGUUGAUUGUUCCCUUUCUGAUCUACCACAUGCCACACAAAGAGGUCACAAGUUGGCCACCCCUGUUCUACACCAUCUGUAAGAUGGGAAUCAAAAGACUUCCAUACCUUCCAGGGGAGUCCUGAGGCUAUAUUUAUGUACAUAUUCAUUAAUAGUUACAAAGGACUUUGGGUAGAGGCGACUGAAAACCCUACCAUCAUAAUAACUUUGUAAAUAGAAACAGCCAUGGUGGCUGGUGCCAGGAGCUGACUCCACAGCCAUACCUCUGCUUUGGGAAGAAGUGUGGGUUCAACAGCCUUCUAGCAGCAAUUAUAGCUAUUUUGUGCUGAUGCCAGGGCUUUGACUAAUAAUCAAACAGGGGCAGAGGUGCUUGCCCCUACUUUUAUUUUCCCAAAAAAAACACAGGUUUUGUUGAUCAUUAACAGCACCAGCCCUAUCAGAAGGUCCCAGUGGUGCACAGGAGCUGCCUUCCCCUGUUCCCCACUACUGAUCUCAACUCAUUACAACCCCAAAAGAGCUUGGAGGGAGAUGGCUUUUCCCAGAAAGAAGUCUCUUCUCGUUUUAGCAGGUGUACUGUUGCUCAGCUCAGCAUAUACAGGGAAUGAAACCAAUAUCUCAAGACUGCCCUGCUCUGACUUCCAGACUGCCAGCUUCCUCCGGGGCAUGAACCUCAAGAUCCGAUUCCUUCUUUUCCCCUCCUCAAACCCCAGCUGUGGGCAGCUGAUUUCUAUUAGUGAUGACAGGAACUCCAGCUUCAACACUAGCCUGGACACCAAGAUAUUAAUCCAUGGCUUCAGAGCUUUGGGUACAAAGCCAUCCUGGAUCAAUGGGUUUAUCAGCACCUUACACCGCGCAGCCCGAGUGAACGUGAUUGCAGUGGACUGGGUCUAUGGAGCAACCGCAGCUUACCCCACUGCUGUGGAAAAUGUCACCAAACUGGCCCUGGAGAUCUUUCAUUUGAUUAAAAAAUUGCUGGAACUCGGAGCAUCAGAAACAUCAAUCCACCUGAUUGGGGUGAGCCUUGGAGCACACGUUGGGGGCCUGGUGGGGCAGUUCUAUGAAGGACGGCUGGGAAGGAUUACAGGACUGGAUCCUGCAGGACCCAAGUACACGAAAGCCAGCCCUGAAGAGCGCCUGGAUCCUGGAGAUGCCCUCUUUGUAGAAGCCAUUCACACUGACUCAGACAAUUUCGGCAUCCGGAUUGCUGUAGGCCACAUUGACUACUUCAUCAACGGAGGCAAAGACCAGCCUGGCUGCCGCCAGUUCUUGGGCUACAAAUACCUGAUCUGUGAUCACAUGAGGGCAGUUCAGCUCUACAUCAGUGCCUUGGAGGACUCCUGUCCUUUGAUGGCGUUCCCCUGUUCCAGUCACCAAGAUUUCCUUGACGCAAAGUGCCUGGAUUGUUCAGAUCCCUUCCAGCUCUCCUGUCCCAGAAUAGGUUUGUUGAAGCAAGCUGGAGUCAGCCUGAGCAAGCUACCCAAGGAAGUAAAGGUUUACCUGGUGACCAGACCCUCAGCCCCGUUCUGCAUGUAUUACAGCUUGGUGCAGUUUCACCUGUCGCAGAAGAGGAACUCGGUCACCAACAUCGAGAUCACUUUCCGCAGCGCUGACUCCACAGACUCCACAAAGAUCUCCAUACCCAAGCAGAAGCAGAUGGGCCAGGGGCUGCUGGCUCAUACAGUCCCAGCAUGCCAGAUGGAGAGUGUAGUGCUGACGUACCUCCCUAGGAACCGGUUCUGGAGAAAGGACGCAACCUCCAUCACAGGCAAAUUCUGCACAGCUCCACUGCCAGUUGAGAACAGUGAAAAGAUGUUUUGCCUGUCUCAGAACCUGACACUGACAGGAAAAGAAGGCCUUCUGCAUGACCUGGCAAUCGCCUGUCUGUAGGACAAGACCUGGAGCACACCGAGUGCACUGGCAUGGGGAGAUGCGCUCUGAAACGUGUUCUCUUUUUCUGCUUCUGGGUAGCAUUUCCUCGAAAAAGGACAGAACUGGAUGCAGUCUUCAUCUCCUGCCUUGGGGUAGAAGGACUGACCGUGCUAAAACAGAAUCAUGUGCAUACAAGGAAAAGCAAAACUUUAAAAGAUUACAGAAGUAGUUUGGGAGUCCAGACUCCUGGAUUCUAGGCCCAGCUCUGCAAGCGAGUGUGUGUAGCCUUAGUUUAGUCACUUAAUCUCAGUUUCCCUUUCUGUAAAAUAGGAUAGUAACAUCUUGCAAGGGGAUCACAAGGGUGAAAGGACUGGUUCAUUAAAAUGCUCUGAGAUCUUCAUAUUAAAGGUUCUAGGUAGGCAAAGUAUUAUUUUUAUUAACAAAGGCUUAAGGCUCAGAAUUUCAUGAGCAGGAAAACAUAUCACAGUAACACUAACACACACACACACACACACACUACUAGUUCAAUCUAAAGACAUAUAGAAUUUGAGACCCUCUCGAUUUCAUGAGUGGCUCUACCAUCCAUUUAUCACGUUUCCCCUUCACAUGACAAGACUCCAUGAGCUUUCCCAACUUCCAAAUUAGGCUCUUUUAGGUCAGCUCAAAGUCAGAUAAAACACACUGCGGUGAUAGAGCAAUAUCCCUCUUUUAAGCUGGUGUCAAUCGCUCCACAAGAUACACAGCAAUGGAGAUUCAGGCUCAUCAUACACAUCAUAGCUGGAGAUCCAUGGCAACACAGAAUGGUGUUUCAAGCUCCGAGACUGUAAAAGGAUGAAAAGGGCUGUAUGGAAGCCCUAAUGUGGGGGACACAGACACAAAUGUCUCUCCCCUUGUUCACCCCAUCUCACUGAUCCUGUGAGCCAUAUAUGAAUUUUCUGGGUAAAGAGAGGAAAGUGUUGCUAUCUUUUCUAUCCCUAAACCCAUGCACCUCAGUGCACAAAUCCCUAGAUUCACUGGAUGAAACCAGCAGAAGGGACAUGCAGAGGCUUCCUCAGGCUUGGCGAGGUUUUUUUCACUUGUCACCAAGGAAGGAUCCUGUCAAUUCUAUUUCAGUCAAAGUGGGUGGCUGCAGACCUAUACAAGGCUCUCCUUACCUCUAGUCCUUACCCUUCCCCAAGUUCUCCAUUUUGGCCAUUUGCAAGGCAGCUGGCUAGCAUACUAACUAGGGAGAGGCUACAGGAGUUUCCUUCUACUGAGGACAAUUAUAUUUGGUGCCCCAAAUACACAUUUUUAAGAGGAAGUGCCUUGGAGGGCAUCUUGAGAAAUACAGCAGGCCUCAAAGGUACCAAAAGUCUACCCAAGCAUAGAAAGCCACCUCAGAGAGAUUUAUUUGAUUAGGGGACCCAUCCCUAUAGAUACAACCCAACUUAUCAAGUCUGGUGGCUCCAAGAGCUGCAUAGUUCCCUUGUGCUGAUCAGAAGCCUUUACACCCUUCCUAAAAGGACACUAACAGCUACCCCAGAGAAGCCUCCUAGCUGUACAGCAAGCAGCAGCAGCAGUGAAUGACUUCUGUUUGGGGAACCAUGCAGCAGGGCUGUGGCAGAGGAAACUACAAUGCAGUGGCCCUGCACUAGUGCUGUGAUAGAGGGGCAGCUGUCUGAGCUGCAGGGCCCUUUACAGCAGUUAUGUGCACCCCUUUUUAAGUGGCCCUGGCUGAGUUUUGCAGGAGCUCAGAAUCACCAGGUCACAGGCCUGACCCUAGCCAGACCAGAACACCAGUAUAUGAGCCUCUUGUAGAAGCAGCACAGAGCUGCUGGAUCUGCCUCUGCAUCUUGGUGGUAGGGGGCAUUAUGCCUGUAUUGUGGCCCCACUGCACCAGCCUAGCUUAAAGAGGCCCACAGUGACUAAUGCUGUCAUCACUCCACACAAGCCACCAGCAGAUGAAAGCGCUGGGCGUGUCUGCAGCACAACUUUAGUCACUACUAUAGUUGCAAGGUGCCUUCCACUUCCACAGUGGUUUGAGUUCAAACACUGCACCUUCUUUGCUUCUUCUUUCUGACCUCACUGAUCCUUCUGGGAGGGCUUAUCUUGAUCAAACCUCCCCUCUGUCUUCAUGUGCACCCAGGUGGGCAACAAAAUCCAGCUUAGGUUCCUUCCAUAGAGCUGUAUUCACAUUCUCGCUUCAAAAGGGAUACAAAUCCAUUUGGGGUUCUUCCUCCUUCCAAGGCUGCACCCAGAAUCCAUUCCAGGAGGGCACAGAAAUCAUAUCCCAAGUCUUCUCUUCCUUCAUGUUACAAGUGCAUUGGCCAAAAGACCCAAACUUUCCUGUGUAUCAGAAACCGCUAGAUUGUCAUGGCCUGGCUGUGGUUGUCAGAAAUGGAAAAAGGCAAGUCCUGGACAUGGAAUUAUAGUAAGUCUAAGAGGACUAGCUGCCACAGUAUAAUAUUGAAAGAAACCUGGACACAACUCCACCCUCCAUGUGCAUGAGGUCUAACACUGUUAGGUCUUUCCC